AUGCCAACAACCUUACUACCAACAUCAAGACCACCAAAGUCAACAAUACCAACAGCACCAACAUCAAUACCAUCAACACCCCCAUCAACAACACCAACAUCAACAACAACGUCAACAACCCUACUACCAAUAACAUCAACACCACCAAAGUCAACAAUGCCAACAACAGCACCAACAUCAACACCAUCAACACCCCCAUCAACAAUACCAACACCACCAAUAAUGCCAGCAUCGACAAUGGCAAUAGCAUCACCAAAACCCCUAUCAACAACACCAACAUCAACAAUAACAAUGCCAACAACAAUGACAACAGUAUCACCAACAUCAGCAACAAUACCAUCAACAACACCAGCAUCAACACUACCAUCAACAAUGCCAACAGCCCUACUACCAAUAACAUCAACACCACCAAAGUCAACAAUGCCAAUAAUAACAUCAACAUCAUCGAUACCCCCAUCAACAACAGUAACAUCAACAGUAACAAUGUCAACAUUGACAGUGACAACACCAUCAACACCCUCAUCAACACCCCCACCAUCAACAUCACCAUCAACACUACCAUCAGCAAUGAUGCCAACAACAAUACCAACAUCAUCAUCCAUUCCAUCACCAGCAUCAACGCCAACACCACCACCACCAGCAACUGCACCACCGUUGUUCACCAGGCACUCCUAG